UUUACUGAUAUUUUCUGUUAAAAUCAAUAAUUUACUUUAAACUUGUAGGCCGACGUAGAUAAAGCCGUCGAAGCAGCUCGCCGGGCGUUCAAACUUGGUUCGACAUGGCGCACCAUGGACGCUUCAAAUCGUGGUCGUCUCAUUUGCAAGUUAGCUGAUCUUAUCGAACGGGAUGCCGAGUAUUUGGCUGCCCUAGAGACUCUCAAUAAUGGGAAGCCUUUAGCAGAAGCCCAGUUCGAUAUGGUUUGCGCCAUCAAUUGCCUUCGCUAUUACGCGGGUUGGGCUGACAAGAUUCACGGCCAAACAAUUCCCGCUGAUGGUAAUAUCUUUGUUGUGACGCGAAAGGAACCUGUUGGAGUCGUCGGCCAGAUCAUUCCUUGGAACUACCCAGUAUUGAUGUGUACCUGGAAAUUUGGACCGGCAUUAGCUGCCGGUUGCACAGUUGUGCUGAAGCCUGCCGAGCAAACCCCGCUAACCGCUCUUUAUUUAGCACAACUGUCAGUCGAGGCUGGAUUUCCUCCUGGCGUUAUAAACGUGAUCAAUGGUUUCGGUGAAACGGCUGGAGUAGCUUUAACUAAUCAUCAAAAUGUUCAAAAAAUUGCUUUCACUGGGUCAACAGAGGUCGGCAAGAUAAUUAUGGAAACUGCUGCCAAGUCCAACCUUAAGCGUGUCAGCUUAGAACUGGGCGGGAAAAGUCCAAUCGUUGUAUUUCCCGACGUUGAUUUGGAUACUGCCGUUACCACCUGUUACAACGCCAUUUUUGCUAACAUGGGCCAAUGCUGUUGUGCUGGUUCACGUACAUUUGUACACGAAGACAUUUAUGAUGAAUUCGUCAAAAAAGCUACUGCCAUGGCCGCCGCACGCAAAGUCGGAAAUCCAUUUGACGAAGGGGUAGAACAAGGACCACAGGUUAGCGAAGAGCAGCAUAACAAAAUUCUUGAGCUGCUCGAAUCCGGUAAGGCGCAAGGUGCCUCUGUUACGUGCGGUGGUAAAAAAUGGGGAUCCGAAGGUUACUUUAUUGAACCAACAGUGUUUGCAGAUGUAACGGAUGACAUGCGUAUAGCAAAGGAAGAGAUUUUUGGUCCUGUCCAAACAAUCUUGAAGUUCCGAACAAUGGAGGAACUGAUUGAACGUGCCAAUAAUACUUCUUAUGGUCUUGCUGCGGGCGUGCUGACUAAUGACAUCAACACAGCCCUCACGUUUGCCCAAGCCGUAGAGGCUGGUUCCGUCUGGGUAAAUUGCUAUGAUGCCACUAUGCCCCAAACGCCAUUCGGUGGUUUCAAAAUGUCCGGUCAAGGAAGAGAAUUGGGUGAAGAAGGUUUGCAUCAUUAUCUGGAAGUCAAGACCAUUACUAUUGCAAUUCCCCAAAAGAACUCAUAAGAGUUUCAAUAAUAAGCACAGCUCGCUGCUGUCUUGCAUAGGUAUAAAAUAUAUUUCCUUCCUCCUUGUUAUAUCCCUCAAAGGGUCUAUGUGGAUGCCUAAAUGCACAACCCGAUUUGAAAAGGGAUACUAUCACAAAUCUAUGUUUAAAAUGAAUACACUAGAAUGUCCCUUAUAA